AUGUCGGGACCCAGCCCCCGGUCGAUGCUUGACGUCCAAAGUCCCGACUCCGACAUAUCACCCAAGACACCGGCGCAGCCUGCGGACAAGGCAAAAUCGGACUAUUUUUCCAUUGAGUCGCAAUCGCAGAGGAAAGAAGAGGACAUCAGCGGCGGCGACGCAGAACCGUUGAGCCGUGUGACGACGCUUUCGAGUUAUGCGAGCCCUUCCCCCGAGAGCGCAACAGGGAGCUUCUCAGCCGAAUCGUCAAGGACAGAAUCAUAUGGAGCAAGGCCUCGACUGUCCUCGGCAGCGUCGCUGGCUUUUGCGCCGCUGCGGAAUCCAUCUCUGCCACAGGGCAACCAAAAGAAGACAGACAAGGACCGUAUCCGGGCAUCGUCACCUCCCCCUGAAAGGUAA